CUCACUCCGACAACACUAGCAAUCAAAAUUAUAGGGAUAGAGGAAGAAAUAUGGAGCGAGAAAGUACGCAAGGUCGAACCGCCCUCUGAAAAUGGCGAUUUGUAGGGUUUUGUGAGGGUACACUUCGUGUGGUUUUCGGAGUUUCUUCAAUGGAAACGCCUGGUAGACGGUCGGAUUACACUUUGCUGAGUCAUCUCCCCGACGACGACGACGACCACCGCCACCACCACCAGCCGCUGCAGAAGAUCUCCGCCGCAGCUGGCGGCGGCGCGGGAUUCGAUUGGGAACUGGUUGAUCAUCGGAUGGCGCAGCCGCCGGCGAGGAUCCCGGCGGGGGCGUUCCCAUCGUCGAUCGGGCUGCAAAGGCAGUCGAGCGGGAGUAGUUUCGGCGGGAGCUCGAUGUCCGGGGACUACUACUUGCCGCCCGGCGAUUCUGAUGUGUUUGGCCACGUUCAUGACGAUGUUUUCAAGGUCAGCGGUGGCGGUGGUGGAGAGUGGAGGUUGAAGACGGCGGAGACGGGGGGCGGCGGCGGCUGGGGAUCGUCGUCGUCGAAGAGCUGGGCGCAGCAGACGGAGGAGAGUUAUCAGUUGCAGCUUGCUUUGGCGCUCCGGUUGUCGUCCGAUGCUACAUCUGGCGAUGAUCCCAAUUUUUUGGAUCCCGUGCCGGACGAAUUGGCGUCGCGGUCGUCGUCUUCGUCUGGUUCUGCUGAAUCCAUGUCGCACAGAUUCUGGGUCAAUGGCUGUCUGUCAUACUUUGACAGAAUUCCUGAUGGCUUUUAUACAAUUCAUGGGAUGGAUCCAUAUGUAUGGACUGUUUGCACUGAUCUGAAAGAAAAUGGUCGCAUUCCUUCAAUUCAAUCACUAAAGGCUGUUCAUCCUAGGAUGGAUUCUUCUAUUGAAGUAAUUUUGAUUGAUCGGUGCAAUGAUCCCAUCUUAAAAGAACUACAGAACCGGAUUUGUAAUAUCUCUCUCAGUUGCAUCACUACAAAAGAAGUUGUUGACCAUCUUGCAAAGAUAGUCUGCCAUUGUAUGGGGGGUACAGCUUCAACCGGAGAAGAUGACUUUGUUCCCAUCUGGAAGAAGUGCAGCAAUGAUCUCGAGGACCGUUUGGGAUCUGUUGUGCUGCGGAUCAGUAGCCUUCCUGUUGGUCUUUGCAGACACCGUGCUUUGCUAUUCAAAGUUCUAGCUGAUACAAUUGAUUUGCCAUGUCGAAUUGCCAAGGGCUGCAAAUAUUGUAUGAGAGAGGAUGCUGCCUCUUGCCUCGUUCGCUUCGGGGUUGACAGGGAGUAUCUAGUUGAUUUAGUUGGGAUGCCUGGAUGUUUGAGUGAACCUGAUUCUUCGUUAAAUGGCCCAUCUUCUGUAUCAAUUGCUUCACCGUUGCGCUUCCCGCGAUUCAGACAGGUUGAACCUCCAAUUGAUUUCAGGUCACUGGCAAAACAAUAUUUCUCUGAUUGUCAAUCACUUAGUAAUAUAUUCGAUGAGGCUCCCACAGUUGCAGGUACUGCUUUGCAAGGAGAUAAUGGAGAACCGACAUAUCCUAAGCAAUCUGAUAGGGAAAGCCAUGUGCAUAAUUCAAGUGACAGCAAUGAAAUUCCUCAGUUACCAACACCCUCAGCAAAUGCUCAUGAUAGGGAUUUGCAACCAUUUAACAAAAAUAAUGCUAUCAUAAGCUCAACAGAUAUGGUCAAUGAUCGAGUCCCUCUAGAGCAUUUGCAGACAAUUGGUCAUAGAGAAAUUCGACCACAUAUAGUUAUGCCUGAUCGGAGAGGAAAUGCAGCUAACAAUUUGAGAUUUGUUGAGGGUGGUCAACUGGUUCCAAUUAGACAAAGAAGAGAAAUUUCCCUUGAUGUGGAAGAUUUGGACAUUCCUUGGAGUGACCUUGUUUUGAAAGAGAGAAUUGGAUCAGGUUCUUUUGGCACUGUUCAUCGUGCUGAUUGGCAUGGCUCAGAUGUUGCUGUGAAGAUUCUCAUGGAUCAAGAUUUGCAUCCAGGGCGAUUGAAAGAAUUUUUAAGGGAGGUCGCAAUUAUGAAACGCUUGCGGCACCCAAAUAUAGUUCUAUUUAUGGGUGCUGUUACUCAUCCUCCAAACUUGUCCAUUGUAACAGAAUAUCUAUCAAGAGGGAGUUUAUAUCGACUUUUACAUAAACAGGGUGCAAGAGAAGUAUUGGAUGAGAGGCGCAGGUUGAGUAUGGCUUAUGAUGUGGCAAAGGGAAUGAAUUAUCUUCAUAAUCGCAAUCCUCCCAUUGUUCAUCGAGAUUUGAAGUCUCCAAAUCUUUUGGUCGACAAAAAAUAUACGGUGAAGGUCUGUGAUUUUGGUCUUUCCCGUUUAAAAGCAAACACAUUUCUUUCAUCAAAGUCAGCAGCAGGAACUCCUGAAUGGAUGGCACCAGAAGUUCUCCGUGAUGAACCAUCAAAUGAGAAGUCAGAUGUAUACAGCUUUGGUGUGAUAUUGUGGGAGCUUGCAACGUUGCAACAGCCUUGGAGCGGUUUAAAUCCACCACAGGUUGUAGCAGCAGUAGGUUUCAAGGGUAAAAGGCUUGAGAUUCCGCGUGAUUUAAAUCCUCACGUGGCAGCCAUCAUUGAAGCUUGCUGGGCCAAUGAUUCCCGGAAACGCCCUUCCUUCUCUAGUAUCAUGGACUCUUUAAGGCCUUUGAUUAAACCUCCAACAACUCAAACAGUUCAUACAGACAUGCAGUUACAUGAAGCUGUAUGAGAUCUUGAAAGUUUUAGUUAUGCACAUAUAUGUCAUUCUUUGAUGCUCUACUUUUUGGCAACAAAUGCACUGCUCAGAUGAUCUCAGGUUAUCUUCUUCAGAGAGAAGCAAGCUUCUCAGUUUGCCAUGAUUUCUGUAAACGGGAAAUUUUGAUUCAAUAUGCAGCUAGUUGUGGAUUCAACAGGUGCUGUAGAACAGGAAGAUUCAUUGUUUGUUAUCUUUUAAGUAAUUGUUCAGAUGACCUCAUUCUUUUAAUCUCUCAGUUGCUUGCUCUUGAGCAGGAUUAUAGUUGAUGGGUUUUGUCAAAGCUUGGCCUUGGAAAGAAAUACGAGGCCAUUGUUAAGACAUAUAUAAUGCCUGAUAAAUCUCUGCCAAGUUUUUCUUAA